AUGCCGACGGUUAUAGCUUUAGAUGUGUCUUUAUCAAUGAGACGUCCAGUAUUAGGAAGCGGAACUAGUGAAAAUAAUCAAACUGAACAAUUAACAAGACACCAUUUAGCUGUACAUGGAAUAAACGCGCUGUUACAUUACUUGCAAGCGAACUCAAAAUUGGAAUUUGUGGCUUUAGUUGUUUUUUCGUCAUUGUACGAGGUUAUUUGCCCAUUCACUCGUGAUUAUGAUAGUAUACGUUCGAAAUUACAAAACAUUGAAGAAUGCGAUAAGACCUGCAUUGAAACUGCACUUCAUGGUGUUAAUAAUGUCAUUAUGGCAGAAUGGGGUAACACUACUGCCUGUCAAGUAGUGUUAAUCACUGAUGGUAAUCCUGGAGUAGGGCCAAUGUCUUUGGGUGACUCUUUGAAUUCUUUAAAUGUGAUAAGAGAUGUAAAUCCAUUUCCACUUCCUUUUCCUUAUCCAGGAAAAUUAAGCGUUAUAUGCAUCGCGUCACAACAAGAUGUUGGCUUACAUAUUGGUUUACCGCUGUAUCAACGUUUAGUUGAUCUUGCUGGUGGUGAUAGCGUAGUAUUAGUUCCUGAAGCACCGCUGUCAAAACAUUCAGUUGCAGCCUGUUUUCAAAAAUUAUCAGAAACUAAUUAUGUAUCUUUUCAAGGAUAUUUGAAGUGUGGGAAUUUAGGUUCCCGUAUUCUUCUUUCACCAGCGCCUAUGCCAUACACUAAGAAGACAGAUUUUGAAUUAGUAUCUGGUUUAAUGAUAUCAAAAACCAUUGAAAUAUGUGGGUUUAUAUCAGUAGCAGAUGUUGGUAGUCCUAGUGCUAUAUCUAGACAUUUGGUAUUGCCAUUGGCCACAGAAAAGACUCCAAGCAUGCAAGGAAUAUCUUUAGAAGAAGAUUCAGAUACAGAUGAAAACGGAGACGAAGGAAAAGUACCAUCUUUCUGCGUAUUAUUACAUGGAGCUUUGAAGGUUGAAACUAUGGUAGCUCUUUGUUUAUUAAAUAGUGAAUGGUAUGGCUUUAUAUAUUCAUGGGCGGAUACAAAAAAAAAAUCAAAUUUAAUGUUAACAGUAUUAGAACCAGGUUUAGAUGUUGUGCCUUGGUUAGGUAAUUUUAGCAAUUUAGGUCCUAUUGAUGCAGCCAAAGGUGCUGCUGUUACUUUUCCAGUUAGGCCAAAUGAAAAAAGGAGUUAUACUCAAAAUGCACCUUCUUGGAUUCGCCAAGUUGGAUUGCAGUCAGAUAUUCAGAAAAUUUUGAGGCAUGCAAGAAAAUUACCUGAAAAAACUCAGAACUUUUAUAAGGAAGUAAAUCGAUUGCGUAGAGCUGCGGCGUCAAUGGGAUUUGUAGAACUCCUAGAAGGAUUAGCUUGCAUUUUAGAACGGGAAUGUACAUUAUUACCUCCAAAUUUAAAUCCUGACUGUACAAUUCAAAUGGGUCAUGUAGCUUCCUUAAUAAGAAAACCAGAGUUUCUAGAGCUUAGAUACAAUAUACCACCAGCACGUACAAGAUUUCAACAUGGAGGAUCAUAA